UCAACUAACUGUAAAUUUUUGGUGAUGCAACCUUGCGCACCGACAGCCCCACUGCGGGAACCCACCUUUCAAGUUACCUUAUUGCGACCACCUGCGGGGCGUUCAACGUUUGGCGUCUGCCAGCGUCCCCCCGCCAGAACAUCUCCAACUUAGGAGACGGACAGCUCGAGGAUAGCACUCAAUCACCAUGGGGGUACUCAGUAACGACGAGUUCUUCGCAAAGCUCGGAGAGCUCUUAGAGGGGUGCAAAGGCAAAUCUAGAGGCUCGAUAUUCUUAACCCAGAAGAGACUGUCCUACGAACAAGACAUUCCAGAGCCGACGAGCGAGAACGUCCUACCCGACCUCCACCCGCCGCGGCCAUUACCCGUCCUGAUCAGAGCAACCAACGGCAAGGCAGGGGACAAGAGAAAAGAGCGAGUCAAGCUGUCGACCAUUGUCGAGCCACAUGCCAUUCCUGAAUUUUUUACCAAGUACGCCGAUGUCUGCAAGAUGGGUAUGGCGGCACUGAAGCCCAGGGAUCGCAGUAAGCGGAAGACGAAGGGCAAGAAGAAGAAGACUACCUUGGUACUUGCCUCGUGAAGGUGGCAUCGCAGUGUGGGAGAUCUUCAAGAGAUCAGCCCGGCCAUACUGCAUAGUGUCUGCUCCAAUUAAAGAAGUGGAAGGUAAAGGGCCCGUAUCAGGGGCAGAUAAUUGCCAGAACAUGUCAGGCAUAGAACGACAUAGAAAGAAGCACCAUGCUCUUCUCGCGCUGGAUCUAUACAAAUCACAUCUUCUUAGAAACCUACAUACCUGAUGCCUAGGGAAGAUAAUCAAGGUGGUUGUCUCGCAAGCUCCUAAAUUCGAUAUUGAGAGCCACAGUUAUUGGAGCUCUUUAUAAGCUACCUAGGAAACUAGGAGAAGCCUUCCUCAGUCGUGGAUUUUAGGAGUUGUGGCCAGUGAGAUCCUCAAGGUAGGCUGGUGGUAUAUCCUUGAAUCAUGUCGGUCUAGUAAUGAAAUCUGA